GGAUAAUGAAGGAAUCCUAACGGAAAAAAAAUGAAGCUAGUAGACGACGUUGUUAGAAAUCUGCGCGUUGCAAAAAUAUUUAGAGAAAAUACUGAUAGAAUAAGUAGUUUGAAUUUUUCUGCGAAUGGUGAAACGUUGAUUACAAGUAGUGAUGAUGAUUCUAUUGUUAUUUACGAUUGCCUGAAUGGAACGCCUAAAAGAAAACUUAACAGUAAAAAAUAUGGAGUGGAUUUAAUUCGUUAUACACAUGCACAGAAUACAGCUUUGCACUGUUCAACUAAAGUGGAUGAUACUAUCAGAUAUCUUUCCUUGCACGACAAUAAGCAUAUUCGCUACUUCCCAGGACAUACAAAAAAAGUUGUCACAUUAUGCAUGUCACCAAUAGAUGAUGCUUUUAUAUCUGGCUCAAUGGAUAAAACAAUCAGACUGUGGGAUUUAAGGUCUCAAAAUUGCCAGGGAUCAGAGGGAUUGAUGCACUUGUCCGGUCGCCCUGUUGCAGCCUUUGAUCCUGAAGGGCUUAUUUUUGCAGCAGGUGUUAACUCUGAGAGUGUGAAGCUGUAUGAUUUAAGGUCAAUUGAUAAAGGACCAUUUACAACAUUUAAGCUUCCACAAGAUAAAGAAUGCGAUUGGACUGGUCUUAAAUUUAGCCCUGUUGGAAAAAUGAUUUUAAUUUCAACAAAUGGAAAUGUUAUUCGUCUUAUUGAUGCAUUUCAAGGCACCCCACUUCAGGCAUUUAUGGGCUUUACAAAUCACAAAGGGAUUCCACUGGAAGCUUCAUUUACUCCUGAUGCUAGAUAUGUUUUCUCUGGAUCAACGGAUGGGAAGGUUCAUUGUUGGAGUACAGAGUCUGGAGUCAAAAUGGCUAUUUUACAAUCAGACCACCCUGGACCAAUUCAGUGUAUUCAGUUUAAUCCAAAAUACAUGAAGAUGGCUUCUGCAUGUCAAAAUAUGGCUUUCUGGCAGCCAGCUGUGGAUGACUGAGUUUUGUUUUUUCAAUGAAUGGGUGAUAGUGUUGUUUCUGCUCCACAUUUGAUGUAAUUCGCUAGACAAAAAGAGUAAAAGUAUAUUGUGAAUGUAACUAGAUGAAUUAUUUGUGUGAAUGUUCAUUGUAUAUUUAAAUUCAUUGGAUGAUUAUUUUCGUCUGUGAACAGCUUCAUUAUAAUUAUCAUACGUUAAUAUCAUAUUAAAUUUUUUAAGUUUGUAAUAAAUGUUUUAUUUG